AUGCCGUCGAAACUUGCUAUUUUCAAAGGGCUAUCAAUUCCUGAACGCAGAACCGUGAAAAAAGAUCGUGCGUUGGAAAUAAUGAAAUUAUAUUUCACAAUGCAAGAUAUGGGUAAUAUUCUUCAGUUAAAUGAACAAGAUACUCAACGAUAUCAAGAACUCCAGCAACAACAUAACACAUUGGCAAAAGAACUUUAUCAAUAUAUGAAAGAGGAUAAAACUAUUUAA